UUACCCGACGCGCCGCCCUGUCCAGGGCAGAGCCGCUGGCUGGCCCCCCCUACUUGCCGGAAGAGGAAGCCGAGGCUCUGAGAUUCCGAGUCAACCACCGUUCAGUGGGCGCCCCCUGAGCUCUGGGCGCUGGCCUCUUGACUUCCACGUCCGUUAUCUUAAUUGAGUUUCGCUGGGAUUGGGAGGCCGGGUAUUGUCAGCGCUUACAGAUAAGGAAACGGAAGCCCACAGAGGCCAAGGGGUUUUCCUUAAGUCCAACUUGGCAGAUGGGCUCUGGACUCAGAUUUUCUGGUUUCCCAUUCAGAUUUUCUGGUUUCCCAGCUGGUGGUCAUUUUUUCUCACCUGCCUCAUGCUAGAUCGAUUCCCUCCCUGCUCACUGCCCCCUCCCAUUCUGUUCCACCCACUUGCAACAGGACACUUUCCUGCCACACCUCUCUUCUCACACAUUUUCUUCCUAAGACUUGGCAUCCCUCCCAUCUUCCUUCUCAUAUUCUCUGCUAUGCUUCUCCUCUUCUUCCUCAGUCAUAGUUUUUCAAGAUCUUUGCUCCCUCUGUGCUAAUGAACCUCUCAACUAGGUGUGGACCCCCAAAGAGAGAUUAGCUAGGCUUCAGUGAGGCUUUACGUGUUUAAGUGGACGGCUGUUUGGCCCUCGAGUUAAAAAUUAAGGAAUUUCACUUGAGUGGAUCCAAACUCAAGAGUCCUAAAGGUAUUUUCUGAGUCAGCAUGCUCUAUUUCUGAGUGAGGGACUUAGUGCUAUGGUGUGUCUUGACAUUUUAGUCCAUUGUUGCUGUGCUGGCAUAACCUUGCUGUUUUUCCUACACUUGCCACUUAGCUUUUCCCACCCCAUCCCUUCAUCACCUCCUUGGGCUGUGGGAGCCCAAAAUUAAAACUGAUAGAGUAACAGAUGUAAUAGCAGACCUUCCUUUUUUUUUUUUUUUCCUAAGCCAGAAUUUCAACAAGUUUAAUGCUGCUUUUUCCAGAAAAGUUACCUAUUUAAAUUAUUCUCAGAGUAAUGCAGCAAGAAAAAAAGCAAAAAUGGAAUGCACUUAAGAUGAAUAGGAAAUUAUCUCUUGAAAUAUCUUAAGUUAUUAAAUUCAAGUUAAUUCCUUUUCUGCAAAAAUGGCCUGUAACUCUUACUGGCUAUCCUCCUGAGUUGAUUCUCUCUCCAUCCAACUUGAUAUGACAUUAUUAUGUAAAACAGGAACAGGAAUAGGCACAUAAAAAUAAAUUUUAUUAAUCAUCUGCCGUUUUUGAUGAUUUGCAAUAGUCACUGAGUAACUUCACAUCUGUAUGCCUUUUGUAACUUUUUAAAAAGCCUUUCCAUGAUUUUCCUUUUAAUGUAUGUCUGGACACCAAGAUUUACUAUGCUAGGAUAUUCUUUUGACUAUAUUGGGCUACACAUCUUUGAAAUAAAAUAAUUCUUGGAUUUUGAUAACAUAAAAUGCAGAUACAAAAUAAUCUAGGCAUUAUAUAUUGUCCCAAAAAGUGGUAGUUCGGUAUCAGUUUUAACUAUUGUUUUGGGGCUUCUCUUUUUGACCACAUAUGGUCCAUCUUAAUGAUCAGAGUCUUAUUAUCUUAUUUCAUUAUCCUGGUGAGCAGGCUUGGAUGGUGAGAAAAGGAAAGAUUCCUGUGAGAAGAGCAGGAUGAGCAGAGGGAGUCUGUGCUUGAAGUUGAGUCACUUGAAAAAGAUCUCUUUGAGUGUGGAAGAGAUCUGAGCAGAUGAAAAUAAAAUCAGGAAAAUGCAACAUGGCAGCAGCAAUGGAAACAGAACAGCUGGGUGUUGAGAUAUUUGAAACUGCAGACUGUGAGGAGAAUAUUGAAUCACAGGAUCGGCCUAAAUUGGAGCCGUUUUAUGUUGAGCGGUAUUCCUGGAGUCAGCUUAAAAAGCUGCUUGCUGAUACCAGAAAAUAUCAUGGCUACAUGAUGGCUAAGGCACCACAUGAUUUCAUGUUUGUGAAGAGGAAUGAUCCAGAUGGGCCUCAUUCAGACAGAAUCUAUUACCUUGCCAUGUCUGGUGAGAACAGAGAAAAUACACUGUUUUAUUCUGAAAUUCCCAAAACUAUCAAUAGAGCAGCAGUCCUAAUGCUCUCUUGGAAGCCUCUUUUGGAUCUUUUUCAGGCAACACUGGACUAUGGAAUGUAUUCUCGAGAAGAAGAACUAUUAAGAGAAAGAAAACGCAUUGGAACAGUCGGAAUUGCUUCUUACGAUUAUCACCAAGGAAGUGGAACAUUUCUGUUUCAAGCUGGUAGUGGAAUUUAUCACGUAAAAGAUGGAGGGCCACAAGGAUUCACGCAACAACCUUUAAGGCCCAAUUUAGUGGAAACUAGUUGUCCCAACAUACGGAUGGAUCCAAAAUUAUGCCCUGCUGAUCCAGACUGGAUUGCUUUUAUACAUAGCAAUGAUAUUUGGAUAUCUAACAUCGUAACCAGAGAAGAAAGGAGACUCACUUAUGUGCACAAUGAGCUAGCCAACAUGGAAGAAGAUGCCAGAUCAGCUGGAGUUGCUACCUUUGUUCUCCAAGAAGAAUUUGAUAGAUAUUCUGGCUAUUGGUGGUGUCCGAAAGCUGAAACAACUCCCAGUGGUGGUAAAAUUCUUAGAAUUCUAUAUGAAGAAAAUGAUGAAUCUGAGGUGGAAAUUAUUCAUGUUACAUCCCCUAUGCUGGAAACAAGGAGGGCAGAUUCAUUCCGUUAUCCUAAAACAGGUACAGCAAAUCCUAAAGUCACUUUUAAGAUGUCAGAAAUAAUGAUUGAUGCCGAAGGAAGGAUUAUGGAUGUCAUAGAUAAGGAACUAAUUCAACCUUUUGAGAUUCUAUUUGAAGGAGUUGAAUAUAUUGCCAGAGCUGGAUGGACUCCCGAGGGAAAAUAUGCUUGGUCCAUCCUACUAGAUCGCUCCCAAACUCGCCUACAAAUAGUGUUGAUUUCACCUGAAUUAUUUAUCCCAGUAGAAGAUGAUGUUAUGGAAAGGCAGAGACUCAUUGAGUCAGUGCCUGACUCUGUGACGCCACUAAUUAUCUAUGAAGAAACAACAGACAUCUGGAUAAAUAUCCAUGACAUCUUUCAUGUUUUUCCCCAAAGUCAUGAAGAGGAAAUUGAGUUUAUUUUUGCCUCUGAAUGCAAAACAGGUUUCCGUCAUUUAUACAAAAUUACAUCUAUUUUAAAGGAAAGCAAAUAUAAACGAUCCAGUGGUGGGCUGCCUGCUCCAAGUGAUUUCAAGUGUCCUAUCAAAGAGGAGAUAGCAAUUACCAGUGGUGAAUGGGAAGUUCUUGGCCGGCAUGGAUCUAAUAUCCAAGUUGAUGAAGUCAGAAGGCUGGUAUAUUUUGAAGGCACCAAAGACUCUCCUUUAGAGCAUCAUCUGUACGUAGUCAGUUACGUAAAUCCUGGAGAGGUGACAAGGCUGACUGACCGUGGCUAUUCACAUUCUUGCUGCAUCAGUCAGCAUUGUGACUUCUUUAUAAGUAAGUAUAGUAACCAGAAGAAUCCACACUGUGUGUCCCUUUACAAGCUAUCAAGUUCUGAAGAUGAUCUAACUUGCAAAACAAAGGAAUUUUGGGCCACCAUUUUGGAUUCAGCAGGUCCUCUUCCUGACUAUACCCCUCCAGAAAUUUUCUCUUUUGAAAGUACUACUGGAUUUACAUUGUAUGGGAUGCUAUACAAGCCUCAUGAUCUACAGCCUGGAAAGAAAUAUCCAACUGUGCUGUUCAUAUAUGGUGGUCCUCAGGUGCAGUUGGUGAAUAAUCGGUUUAAAGGAGUCAAGUAUUUCCGCUUGAAUACCCUAGCCUCUCUAGGUUAUGUGGUUGUGGUGAUAGACAACAGAGGAUCCUGUCACCGAGGGCUUAAAUUUGAAGGCGCCUUUAAAUAUAAAAUGGGUCAAAUAGAAAUUGAUGAUCAGGUGGAAGGACUCCAAUAUCUAGCUUCUCGAUAUGAUUUCAUUGACUUAGAUCGUGUGGGCAUCCACGGCUGGUCCUAUGGAGGAUACCUCUCCCUGAUGGCAUUAAUGCAGAGGUCAGAUAUCUUCAGGGUUGCUAUUGCUGGGGCCCCAGUCACUCUGUGGAUCUUCUAUGAUACAGGAUACACGGAACGUUAUAUGGGUCACCCUGACCAGAAUGAACAGGGCUAUUACUUAGGAUCUGUGGCCAUGCAAGCAGAAAAGUUCCCCUCUGAACCAAAUCGUUUACUGCUCUUACAUGGGUUCCUGGAUGAGAAUGUCCAUUUUGCACAUACCAGUAUAUUACUGAGUUUUUUAGUGAGGGCUGGAAAGCCAUAUGAUUUACAGAUCUAUCCUCAGGAGAGACACAGCAUAAGAGUUCCUGAAUCUGGAGAACAUUAUGAACUGCAUCUUUUGCACUACCUUCAAGAAAACCUUGGAUCACGUAUUGCUGCUCUAAAAGUGAUAUAAUUUUGACCUGUAUAGAACUCUCUGGUAUACACUGGCUAUUUAACCAAAUGAGGAGGUUUAAUCAAUAGAAAACACAGAAUUGAUCAUCACACUUUGAUACCUGCCACGUAACAUCUACUCCUGAAAAUAAAUGUGGUGCCAUGCAGGGGUCUACAGUUUGUGGUAGUAAUCUAAUACCUUAACCCCACAUGCUCAAAAUCAAAUGAUACAUAUUCCUGAGAGACCCAGCAAUACCAUGAGAAUUACUCAAAAAAAAAAAAAAAGCAUUAACACCAUGUAUUCAUACUACCCUAUUUUCACUUUUAAUAGUAUUAUAAACUUCAUGAACUUAAUUAGUGUAUUUUUACAGUAUACUUUUGAGUUUGUUAAAAUAUGAUAUUAGUGAUUGGUUUGGUUCAGUUCCAGAAUCUCUGACUAGUUACAGAUUUGAUAGCACUUAAAUGUAAUUGAAUAGCUUAUGCUUCAUUGCUUGGGCAUAUCCAGCAUGUUAUGAACUAAUAACUAUUAAACUUGACUUAACCAGUCAUUCAUUAUUGAUUUUUCAAGGAUAACUUAGUGGCCUCCUAAAGACACUUGUUUUGGCACUGACCAGUUUUUAGCCAAUUUAAUCUGUAUCUAAUAUAAAUAAUUCUCAUUUUUCUUUGAUGAUAUUAACGGAGUGGGCUUUUCCUUUUGCAUAAAGGCUAGUAACUGUAUAUGUAGCAUGGAUUUAAUUAGUCAUGAUACUGAUAAUUACAGGCAGAAAAUUUUUAAAUGAUUAGAGCUUAAAUAUUUGCAGGCAAGUUUUUUUUUUGUUUUUUUUUUGUUUUUUGUUUUUUUCCUUUAAGAAAAGGAAAAAGUACACAUUCACUAGAAUUCUUCAGAAAAUGUAGUGGUGCCAGUUUCCAUUUAGAAUUUCCUUAUUAAAAUAUUCUAGAAUUUUAAGGAGAUUGAAGGGAAUCACAGUGGGGUGGGGAGUCCUGGGUUUGGGAAAUGACAGAGAGAAGAGGUGGUGAGGGCCUGAUUAAAAACUAAGCAGAAGUAGUUUUAACAAAAAGACUCAGGAAAAUGUUUGGAAACUGAAAUUUAAACAACUAGAAUAUUAAGGAAACCAGAAUCAAUAAAUCACUGUCUUGCCAGCACAGCUACAGAGUAACAUGAUUCAGGGGAGGAAAAGUUCCUUAGAGUUACUUUUAUAAUUCUUUUUUUUUUUUUUUUUUCUCUUAGGUUUAGAAAUCCUACACAUUUAAACUUUAUCCUUUUAAAAUUAUUUGAACAUAAUUUAGAUAUUGUAAGCUUAAAAUACAAAUGUUUACAGAUAACCUCUUUACCAUAAACUAAUCCCUGGCAAGCCAUGGCUCUUUUUUUUUGGUGUUUAAAGCCUGUAAACAGUUUUCUUGAAUGAUCAUGAACUUUUCUUGGUUUAGCACUAGGAUUUAGCUAUGAAGAGAGCUCAUAGGCUUUCAGGUGCUAAUUGAGAUCUGCCCUGUUAGAGUCUUGGGGUGCUAGAUCGGUCACGUUGACACCGGUGGCAGGGAAGGCAUCUAUGAGUUUGAUGCUUUUUAUCACACACUUCAGUGUUUAGAAAGUUAUUACAACACUUCAAGAAAAUUUGCUGUAUUUCUUUCUCAUCACUACAGAGAGAGUAGAUUUCCCCAUAGAGAGCACAGCCUUCAUUAGUAAGGUUAGUGACUACUGGUAAGAGGUGGACUUCAUUGACGCCAAGUGGGAGGUAGGGAAAGCCCAGAAAUGGCAGGAUGACAUGGUGGUUCUGUCGUUGGGAAAGGUAUUGGGUUUUGCUGUUUGUGUUUAUACUGUAUAAUAGAUAUCACGCUUUUUCUUAUUAUCUGUAUGUGUAUUGCUUUUCAUGUUUGAUAUUUUCCCAUGCCAAGAUUUGUUUAUAUAUAUUUUCAAUGUUAAAUUAAAUUGAUUUGGGUAACUUUCUUCCCCAAGAAAGUAUUUUCCCCUUUAAGUAUGUAUCUGACUGUGGAGGGUGUUUUGUUUUGUUUUGUUUUGUUUGGACUAAUUGGCCUCAAAGGAUCUAUCCUUAUAUGCAAUAUAAAAUAGAAAUGGUAUACAGUAGCUUUUAAGCAGCUGCUCCAUUGAAACCUUUCACACAUUAAGACUGUUUCUUCAAAAUGGCAUCUUUUAUUUUACCGAAACAAACUUAGAAAACUUCAUGUACUCUUGAAUUCACCGGUGUUUUCCUUUUGCAUGUUGCCGCCUUCUUUCCUCCUAUCGUAAAGAAUGUUUCUAUUAUCACUCCCAGUCACUUAAAUGCCAUUCUGCUUCUUUAGCGGGGAAAAAAUACCUGAAUGAAUUCACUUACAGAAAGACAGUUUGACUGAAUUUGCUUUUUACAACCAGUGUGGAAAAUAUCAUAGUCAAUUGAGGCAAUCAGUAGAAAUCUAACUAAAUGUUUGUACCCCAUAAGUGUGGGUAACAGCUUAAACGGCAAGAAUAUAUAAAAGUAGCAACAGUUUAGUGGGAGCCAAAAAGCACUAGGUUACAUAAUAUCAUACUGUGUUUUUAAAGACUUGAUAAAUGUGUACACUUGAACAGCCAUCAAGAGGGAUACUUGAGCAUUUUAGAGUAGUGGAACUCAAAAUCUAAGAUUCAUCUGGGAUACUUACUAAAAGAAAUGUAGAGUUUUGAAACUCACUCUUAAAAAUAUGUAUUCCCAGGCUAGGCAUGGUGGCUCACACCUGUAAUCCUAGCACUUUGGGAGACCAAGGCGGGUGAAUCACUUGAAGUCAGGACAUCAAGACCAGCUUGGUCAACAUGGUGAAACCCCGUCUCUACUAAAAAUACAAAAAAAUUAGCCGGGCAUGAUGGCGUGUGCCUAUAAUCCUGAACCUACUCGGGAGGCUGAGGCAGGAGAAUCGCUUGAACCUAGGAGGCGGAAGUUGCAGUGAGCCAAGAUGGCGCCACUGUAGUCCACUCUGGGCGACAGAGUGAGACUCUGCCUCAAAAUAAAUAAAUAAAAAUUUGUAUUCCAUUGAUUUAGGUAGACACCAGGAAUGUGCAUUUCUGACAAACUUUCCACGCGAUCCUACAGUAAGUCAUCUAUGGACUACUUUAAGAAAGUCUUCUAUAGAGAAUGGAGUUGGAUUAAUAAUAGGUGAUUUUUUACACUGGACUGAUUCACAAGAACCUAAACAGUAGUCCAUGAAGCUGCUCAUCUGUGGUAACUUGUUUGGCCCUUCUCACUCUGAAAGCGGCAGGAGGUGUUUACUUUGUUUCUAUCCUGUUUGUCUGGAGAUUAAUUUUGGAAUAAAAGUUUUUCUCUUUAUGCCAUUCCUGGUUCUUUUCCAAAGCCUCAUACAAGAGGAUUAGGUCACAACGCAUGCAUUACCUUUUUAAAAAAUGCAAUGUUGAUACCGAUGCUUAAUUUUUUCUUUUUUUUUUUUUUUUUUACUACUUGUUUUAUUCCUUCCAGAUAGUAUAGCCCACCUUUCUAUAGCAUAGUUCUCUUCAGGUGGAAUGAUUCCUAUAAGAUUUCUCAUUAUUAAAUCAUGCAUUUUCCAAGAUGGAAUCAAUCUUUGAUUUAAUCUAAUCUAAUAUUCUCAUUUGUUAGAAGAACAACCUACAUGCUAGAGAGAGAGGAGGAAAUAUACCCGUGACCACACAGCCAGUUAGUAGCCAGUUGGUGCUGGACUCCAGCCAGGUGUCCUGCCUCAUGGUAGUUAAAUGAUAUAUAGAAAAGGUAAAUUUUUAAAGAAAUAUUUAUUAAUAUAUUCGUAUAAAACAUUUUAAAGGUAACCACAUAAAAAUGGUUAAUUUUUCCAUUCCAAAGUAAAUGCUAAGCAUGCUUAUUAAUGAAGCAGUACUUCUAAUUAGUAUAUGACAUUCUGAUGUUAAUUAAAUUCAUUGCACUAAAUGUGUCUUCCUUGGUAUAGUGGGGGAUUUGAGGAUUGGAAUAUAGAGUAGAGUGCUUGCUUAAGCCUGGGAGCCCAUCUUAUAGCUAUUUGAUGUAAGAAAAGAGACAUGGCCAUUUCUAAACUAUAUAAGGUGAGUGUCUAUUCCCAGCAGAUAUAAAGGAGAAAGGAAACUUUUUUGACUCCCACCUUCCCAGCCUCAUCUUCCACCUAUCCAUCUUCCAGCCUCAAAUAUGGAGAUGUUAGUGCAAGGUGCUGGGCUCUAGGUAAUCAUUUCAUAAGUCCUUUACAGGUAAAGAAAAAGUAGUGUUUGUAUGUUUGUUUUUAAGUAACCCCAAAACAAAUUUAUGUUGUAUUCAGCAAAAUUGGAGUUCAGGUGGUUAAUUUUAGAACAUAAAGUGCCUGCUGUUUUAAGCAUUGACUUGUAUAAAAAGAAUUGCAUGUCUCACUCCAGUAAGCUUAUGGGUUUUCUCAUUUUUAGGUAUAUGGCUUUUAAUCAUGUAAAGUGAAACAUUAGUUUUGUUGCAUUUUAUUACAGGUUAUUUGUUGCAAUAAAGAUGCUGCUGAAAUUAA